AUGACGGACAGUGGAGAAACGACGUCUUAUGAGAAGAAACACAAGGUUGAUUUAAGUCUUAUAAAGCGCUUUAAUGAUGCCGUUUUGGAAGUAAAGGGUGCUUCCGUUCAUGACGAAUUGUUGUCACAGUCUCAAACAAUUGAAAUACAACUUGAUGAAGAUCCUGAUUACUAUGCCAACCAGUCGACUCCGGUUUUGCAUGAAUUGGAUGCAGAGAUUCUCGACUUUUAUGACGCCCCUCCUUCAGCCGCUGAAGUUCGACCGCGUGCAGCAAAAGGUGUUUGUAUUCGGCAUUUAUCGGAAUUUGUUUUGAGGCAGUUUGAAACGUUUCUAGGUCCACCUUCUAUGGGAACAAUGUAUAACUGGGAGUAUCUUGCCGCAAAGAUGGGAUUGACAGCGAGCGAAAUUGUGUACUUGAGGACACAGAGGAAUCCAACGUUAGAAGUACUUGAGCGAUUUUCCUCUCGUCCACUUGAUGAGUUAUUAGACAUUACGUGUGAUCUUGGUCGCAUAGACUUACUUUUAUCUGUGCGUGAGCACAUCAAUGAAAGCAAUCCAGCAGUCCCAUCUCGAAGCCAAGCAACAGAUUCAGGUCAGGCUAAAAAUUUUAAGGAGUUUGUUGUAGGUGUUGCUGGAAGUUUUAUUACUUCGUCAUCGUUGGACACGGUUAAUUUUAAUGCGGGAGAUAGGAGUAUCUCACUUUCCUUAACUAUUCCAAAUAGACAAAAAUUUAUCCUCGUCGUUCAUCACGAGAAGAAGAAUAGUACUGAUUUGAAGAAAAACUUUUCGUGGCUAAUGAAAAAUCUCAGGAAAUAUGCGGGGCAGGAAGGUUUUGAGCUUUUUGAUAUUGAAUGCUGCUUUGAUGACACCAACCUGAUAGGAACAAUAAAUGCAGUAUUUAGAGACGCUCUUCAUAUAAUCUUUGUGUUCUCUGAGGACUUCUUAGAGUUAUUACAAUCUGAGACUGAUCGUUCUUUAAAAAGGUACAUUUACGAUCUAUCUAAUGGUGAAUAUGCACAGACGUUGUGUAAUAGAAGGUUUCGCCCUGUCGUCUUUGAGGGGAAAGAUCCAAGAGUUCUACCUAUUGGGUGGCCAACUAAUACUAUAGUUUACGAGUUCCCAACCAUGUUUAGUAAAUUGUGCGUAAGAAUAUUUAAAUAA